AUGAGUGUCUCACAUUGCUUGACAGGCGACAAAGUCGCAAUCGAUGCAUUCCUAGACCAAUUCGAUGUCUUCCUCUUCGACUGCGAUGGCGUGCUAUGGUCCGGCAAUCACAUCUUCCCUGAUGUACCCGAAACCCUCGACAUGCUGCGGAACAGGGGCAAGAGGCUCGUUUUUGUGACCAACAAUAGCACGAAGAGCAGGCAAGACUACAAAGCAAAGUUUGACAAAGCUGGCAUCCAAGCCAAUGUGGAAGAAAUCUUUGGUUCGUCCUACAGCGCCGCCAUCUACAUCGCGCGGAUCCUUGACCUCCCCGCCGACAAGAAGAAGGUAUACAUACUUGGCGAAUCAGGUAUCGAGCAAGAGCUUGCGUCCGAGGGCAUCAAAUACUGCGGUGGGACGGAUCCAAACAUGCGCCGCGACAUCGAACAAGAAGAUUUCGAUGCGCUCGCAGAUGGCUCUGCAUUGGAUCCGGAAGUUGGCGUAGUUCUUGCUGGUCUUGACUUCCACGUGAAUUACCUAAAGCUUGCGUACGGUCUCGCCUACCUUCAACGUGGAGCUGUCUAUCUCGCUACCAAUACAGACAGCACCCUACCCAUGUCCAAAUCUUUCUUCCUUGGUGCAGGAGGGGUCGGAGCACCACUCGUUACAAGCUUUGGGAAAGAGCCACUCUCUUUAGGCAAGCCAAGUCAGGCAAUGCUGGAUGCUGUUGAGGCCAAGGUCAAGAUGGAUCGGAGUCGGACCUGUAUGAUUGGUGAUCGACUAAAUACCGACAUCAGGUUCGGCAUUGAUGGGAAACUAGGCGGCACCCUCGCAGUCUUGACUGGCGUGAGCAAGAAGGAAGAGUUUCUAGCUGAUGGCGCAGAAACAGUACCGGCAGCCUAUGUGGAGAAGCUUAGCGACUUGUUGGGCUGA